CAGCCGCGCCUCGGGCCGCAGGCGCGGUGCGCUCCCCCGGCUCAGUAUGUGGCGUGUUCCCGGUCUGCUGUGCGUGCGCGUUGCAAGGGGGAGCAAGCUCUCUGGACCUUGGAACAGGCCUGCCGCCUUCAUGUCCACUCUGCUCAUCAAUCAGCCCCAGUAUGCUUGGCUGAAGGAGCUGGGGCUCCGCGAGGAAAACGAGGGCGUGUAUAAUGGCAGCUGGGGAGGCCGGGGAGAGGUUAUCACCACCUAUUGUCCUGCUAACAAUGAGCCGAUAGCAAGAGUCAGACAGGCCAGCAUGGCUGACUAUGAAGAAACUGUAAAGAAAGCAAGAGAAGCAUGGAGAAUCUGGGCAGAUAUUCCUGCUCCAAAGCGAGGAGAAGUAGUGAGACAGAUUGGUGAUGCCUUGCGGGAGAAGAUCCAAGUACUAGGAAGCUUGGUGUCAUUGGAGAUGGGGAAGAUCUUAGUGGAAGGUGUGGGAGAAGUUCAGGAGUACGUGGAUAUUUGUGAUUAUGCCGUGGGCUUAUCACGGAUGAUCGGGGGACCCAUCCUGCCGUCUGAAAGACCCGGCCACGUGCUCGUUGAACAGUGGAACCCUGUAGGCCUGGUCGGAGUCAUCACUGCGUUCAACUUCCCUGUGGCGGUGUAUGGCUGGAACAAUGCCAUUGCCAUGAUCUGUGGGAAUGCCUGCCUUUGGAAAGGAGCUCCAACAACUUCCCUCAUUAGUGUAGCCGUUACAAAGAUAGUGGCCAAGGUUCUGGAGGACAACAAGCUGCCUGGUGCGAUUUGUUCCUUGACUUGUGGUGGAGCGGAUAUCGGCACAGCAAUGGCCAAAGAUGAGCGGGUGAACCUGCUGUCCUUCACCGGGAGCACCCAGGUGGGAAAACAGGUGGCCCUUAUGGUGCAGGAGAGGUUUGGGAGAAGUUUGUUGGAACUUGGAGGAAACAAUGCCAUCAUAGCUUUUGAGGAUGCGGACCUCAGCUUAGUCGUUCCCUCAGCUCUGUUUGCGGCCGUGGGGACAGCCGGCCAGAGGUGUACCACUGCGAGGCGCCUGUUUUUACAAGAAAGCAUCCAUGAUGAAGUUGUUAAUAGACUUAAAAAGGCCUACGCACAGAUCCGUGUCGGGAACCCAUUGGACUCUAAUGUUCUCUAUGGGCCGCUCCACACCAAACAGGCAGUGAGCAUGUUUCUUGGAGCAGUGGAGGAAGCAAAGAAAGAAGGUGGCACAGUGGUCUAUGGUGGCAAGGUUAUGGACCGCCCUGGAAACUAUGUAGAGCCAACAAUUGUGACAGGUCUUGACCACAGUGCGCGCAUUGCACACACAGAGACUUUUGCCCCGAUUCUUUAUGUCUUUAAAUUCAAGAAUGAAGAUGAGGUCUUUGUGUGGAAUAACGAAGUCAAACAGGGACUUUCAAGUAGCAUCUUUACCAAGGAUUUGGGCAGAAUCUUCCGCUGGCUUGGACCAAAAGGAUCAGACUGUGGCAUUGUAAACGUCAACAUUCCAACAAGUGGGGCUGAGAUUGGAGGUGCAUUUGGAGGAGAAAAGCACACUGGCGGUGGCAGGGAGUCCGGUAGUGAUGCCUGGAAACAGUACAUGAGAAGAUCUACUUGUACCAUCAACUACAGUAAGGACCUUCCCCUGGCCCAAGGAAUCAAGUUUCAGUAAAGGUGCUUUAAACUGACAUCACCUCCAGUCUUUCAGGCAUUGUUGCAGCUCUUCUGAAGAAGACAAGAAAAUUCAGAUUUGCCUAGAACAAAUGCAUUAUUUUGAAUAUGACAGUGGCUCACCUCUUAUGCCUCUGAGGCCUCAGUCAAAAGACGUGUUUUGUUUUUUAAAAAUAAAGAUUGUGAUGCCAUGGCUGUAUUGAGUAAAA